GUGUGUGAGUGCGAGUGGUGCUUCUUGUUCUCUUGCAGGGUACAAUGUUAAAAAGCCACCGCUAGUCGCCCCCAGUGCUCCUACUCUCUGGGUCUUUUUGUCUCUAGUGCAGAUUAAACGUCACGUCCGCACUUGAACUUGAAUUUUAUCCCAUUGUACAGAGGCAGCCCCAGCCAUAGAGAGACAGAGCGCUCCCAGAGAACCAGGACUCCGCCAUCUUCACAUUGCAAUAUAUAAUAGUAAUAGCCAGCACCAGCCCAGCUGCACUGGGGGCUUCCUUCCUUCCAGUCCCGGUGCCAGGCGAGGGGGGAAGAGUGCAAAGUGGUGCAGGAGCACUGGCAAUCCAAAAGCACCAGGGCAAAGCAGUGCCACUUGAACUGGGAAAGAGGAGACACAGUUUUGGCUACCCCUUUUCAAAAAAAUUAUAUGUAUAUCUACCCAGCAAGGGUCAAUCUCUGAAAAACAAUUUUUUGGCAAUUUUUUUUGUGUGUGGGCAAUCCCAAUUCCAGUACUUUUUUGAUAUUCCUGCUUCUUUUUUGAUUUUUUUUAUUUUUAUUUUUACCCUCCUGGUGGAAAAGCGCACUUGCCAAUUUGCCAAGCACUCUGGAAAGAGGGAAAGAGAAAAGUGUCACUGGCGGUGCAUAUCCUCCUAAGUUCAAGAAGAGAUUUGGAAGUCCAAGUGGCAGCAGCAGUGGAGAAAAGACAGAGUGUUUGAAAGAGAAAAAGCAGAGCGAGAAAGCUUUUUCCUGAUGAUGAUGAUGAUGAUGAUUUUUAAUUGAGAGGGCAUCCCAGCUAGUGCACCACAACAGCGACAGAAAGGAGGUCUUUUUUUUCCUUUUAUUUUUUGAAAGAAGAAGAAGUCGAUAAAGAAGAAGAAGAAGAAAGAGGAAAAAAAAAGAGGAGGAUCGCCCCCCCGACACAUCUCCCCAGACCAGUGCAGCUCUCCAGGCGAUGCCAGUGUAAAUGCCAGGGCAAUGUCCCGUCGCAAGCAGGGAAACCCGCAGCACUUGUCACAAAGAGAGAUUAUCACACCAGAGGCUGACCAUGUGGAACCGGCAAUCGCCGACGAGGAUGAGAGCCUGGCAAUAGCAGAGCCGGGUGGCAUCAGCAUCGCCGCAGGCGGGACAGACCCCGACUUGUUAACCUGUGGACAGUGUCAGAUGAACUUCCCGCUGGGAGACAUCUUGGUUUUUAUAGAGCACAAGAGAAAACAGUGCAAUGGCACUGGUGGUGCCUGCUAUGAAAAGAGCAUGGAUAAGAGCAGCCCUCCCCCCUCCUCACGCGCCGAGCUCAGGAAAGUGUCAGAGCCAGUGGAAAUCGGGAUCCAAGUCACACCCGAUGAAGAAGACCGUCUUCUCACGCCUACAAAAGGAAUUUGCCCCAAGCAGGAGAACAUUGCAGGGCCGUCCAGGCCUGCAAACCUGCCGGGGGCUCCCAUAGCUGCCUCCUCCCACCCUCACACAUCAGUGAUCACGUCACCUCUCCGCGCACUGGCCUCUCUCCCGCCCUGCCUUAGCCUGCCCUGCUGUGGUGCACGUGCAGUCUCAGUUGGCGGGACUCAGACUGAGAUUCAGACUGAGACGUCAGGCACAUUUGGAUGUCAUUGUCAGUUGUCAGGUAAAGAUGAGCCUUCAAGCUAUAUUUGCACAACAUGCAAGCAGCCUUUUAAUAGCGCUUGGUUCUUGCUUCAGCAUGCCCAGAACACACAUGGAUUCCGCAUCUACCUGGAAACAAGCCCUUCAAACAGUUCCCUUACUCCACGCAUCACCAUCCCUCCUCCUCUGGGACCAGAGACUGUUGCACAGUCCCCGCUGAUGAAUUUCCUUGGAGACAACAACCCUUUCAAUCUCUUACGGAUGACAGGACCCAUCUUGCGUGAACACCCUGGCUUUGGUGAGGGUCGGCUCCCAAACACACCUCCACUUUUCAGCCCGCCGCCUCGUCAUCAUCUGGAUCCACAUCGCCUUAGUGCCGAAGAAAUGGGGUUAGUUGCCCAGCAUCCCAGUGCCUUUGACAGAGUUAUGCGUUUAAACCCCAUGGCAAUUGAGUCCCCAGCGAUGGAUUUCUCCAGAAGGCUUAGAGAACUGGCAGGAAACAGUUCCACCCCUCCUCCAGUCUCGCCCAGUCGCACCAACCCUAUGCAUCGCCUGUUGAAUCCUUUCCAGCCAAGUCCUAAAUCACCUUUUUUGAGUACCCCGCCACUGCCACCAAUGCCCCCCAGCAGCACUACGCCUCCCCAGCCUCAGGCCAAGAGUAAGUCCUGUGAAUUCUGUGGGAAAACAUUCAAGUUCCAGAGUAAUCUUAUUGUGCACCGACGCAGUCACACAGGAGAAAAGCCCUACAAAUGUCAACUCUGUGACCAUGCUUGCUCCCAGGCCAGCAAGCUAAAGCGUCAUAUGAAAACACAUAUGCAUAAAGCUGGCUCCAUGACAGGCAGGUCAGAUGAUGGACUGUCCACCACUAGUUCCCCUGAGCCAGGCACAAGCGAGCUCACUGGAGAGGGACUAAAAUCCAGUGAGACAGAUUUCAGGAAUGAGAGCGAUCCUUCCUUGGGCCAUGACAAUGAAGAAGAAGAAGAGGAGGAGGAGGAGGAAGAGGAGCUUGAAAACGAGAGCAGGCCAGAGUCGAGUUUCAGUAUGGACUCAGAGCUGAGUCGCAACCGAGAAAAUGGUUCCAAAUCAUUACCAGAUGAAAAAUCCCUUGUCCUGGGAAAAGUUAUAGAGAAUGUAAGUCUAGGUGCCAUCCAGCAAUAUAAUGACAUGCUAGCUGAAAAACAGAAAAGGAGUAGCUUCAUGAAAAGGUCUUCUGAUCAGCGAGACUUGUGUCCUCGAGAUCUCUGUCAGAGAGAUACAGGUGAUGAAGACUCAGUGGUAGGAGAACUGGACCGCACUGAGGAAGGGACAGUCAAUGGAAGAAACUUUGGCCCAGGUGAACCCUUCCCAAACUUGUUCCCUCGCAAGCCGACGCCUAUCACAAGCCCCAGUUUAAACAAUUCUUCUAAAAGAAUAAAGGUAGAGAAAGAUUUGGACUUGCCACCAGCAACAAUAAUACCUUCCGAAAAUGUUUACUCCCAGUGGCUGGUAGGGUAUGCAGCAUCAAGGCACUUCAUGAAGGAUCCGUUUCUAGGAUUCACAGACUCCCGACAAUCCCCCUUCGCAACUUCUUCCGAGCACUCUUCGGAGAAUGGGAGCCUGCGUUUCUCCACCCCACCGGGGGACAUGCUAGACGGGGGGCUCUCAGGGCGCAGCGGCACGGCGAGCGGAGGCAGCACUCCCCACAUCAGCGGUCCUGGCCCCGGGCGACCCAGUUCGAAGGAAGGGCGGAGGAGUGAUACAUGUGAGUACUGUGGCAAGGUCUUUAAGAACUGCAGCAAUUUAACGGUGCACCGUCGGAGCCACACUGGAGAGCGGCCUUACAAAUGCGAGCUCUGCAACUAUGCAUGUGCCCAGAGCAGUAAGCUGACGCGUCAUAUGAAAACGCAUGGUCAGAUAGGGAAGGAGGUCUACCGCUGCGACAUUUGCCAGAUGCCCUUCAGUGUUUACAGCACCCUGGAGAAACACAUGAAAAAGUGGCAUGGAGAACAUUUGCUGACAAAUGACGUCAAAAUUGAGCAGGCAGAAAGAAGCUAAGGCCCCCCACUAGGUUAAAUUUCAGGGGUCUAGGUAACAUUUUAUUUGUACAGUUUAACUAUUGCCAACUGAGAAAAGAUGACCUAACUUGCCUCCGUAAACAUAACUUAGCAUAACUAUGGUAGGUGCCAGACUUUGGCACUUAAAUAUAACCUGUGUCUACAAAGUUCUAUUAAACCCGAGGGUUGAUUAAGGCAGUAAAAAUUGUGGAGCCUUUUAACUGUGCAAUAAUUUCUGUAUUUAUUGGGUUUUUGUAAUUUUUUGGCAUGUGCAGGUACUUUUUUUUAUUCUUUCUGUUUAAAUUUCUUUGAAAAUUUUGUUGGGUAUCCCUUUUUACUUUUACCCAGUCGUAGCCUGAGAUUACUUGCAUUGUAGAGGAGAAACAUAUCUUUUUAAAUUAUAAUUUUUGGGCCGCUGCUUUGUUGAAAUUUAAGCUAAGCGUGUAAUUUCUUGUGAAGAAGCCAGCAUUUUAACAGAGAUCUUCCUUCUUUUCCUUUUUUCCUUUCCUCUUUUUAAAUAACCUUGAAGAUUAGGGAAAUCAAAAUUGUACAGCGGAUAACAAUCUUUAAAAUUAGCACUUUCUUUUGGAAUUGGAUCUAAUAUGUAGCACUGACAAUGUUGCUAAUGAUAGAGGCCUUUUCUAGGUAGAUUUCGUCAUUAAAGUUAUGUCGACUAAAAAGACAUGGGUGCAGGUAUUUUCAGAAGGCAGCUACAUUCAGAAAAACAUAACAUUCCUGAUUGUGCAUUAUUAUCAGAUAGUUUCUUCUUGUAGUUAAAGCUUUGGCAACGUAAUGGUGCCAUUCUGUCACUUGUUGUGGUAUCUUUCCCUCCCUCUUCCCACUGACAGUAAAAGUACAUCCGAGGUAUUGCAAUAUUCUCUUCAAACCUUGGAGGAACCAGAUGCUGUCUUUCUCUCUUUUUGAACUGCACAAACAGAAAUCCAACUGAGUUCAGGACAUCUGUACAUGCCUCUUCCUUGGCCCAGAUUUGCUGUAGUUAAAAUAAUUACAACAGGAUGAGAAAUUCUCAAUUAAGCAACUCAACUUUUAGGCAUUUGGUUUAUGAAUGGAAAUAUUAGAACUGUCUUAUAUGAUGUACAAUGAUGUUAUUGUAAGGAAGGGAAAAAAUAAAUGUGAGUCGAAUUACCUAUAUUGGCAAGAUUCUGUUCUUGCUGAAGUCUGAACUGACUGAAUUAGGGACAGAACUGAAUUAUGUUACGUGAAAAGCAUUACAACAGAAAAAAAGUAAAAGAAAAGAAAAAUGCACCUGCUCUACUUUCAAAUUUUAAAUUUUGUAAAGCCUAUUAAGACUAAUAUUAACAGUGGACAAUUAUGGUUAGACAUUUUAAUUAUGUUGACCCGCACUUUAAAGCUUUUGUUUGUGGUUAAGAGAAAAAUGGCUUCUCAACAAGAAAUUACAUCAUAUUCUUCUACUUGGCCCAAAGGUGGGUUAAACUGUAAGAGAACAGCUGAGAUUAAGUGUCAGUGUUGCUAAGCAUGGCAUUCACAAUACUGGCACUAUAAAGAAAAAUAAAUAAAAAUAAUUUAUUGGACAGUUUUUCUACUGCCAUUCAAUUUGACGUGAGUGCCUUGAAAACUGAUCUUCCUAUUUGAGUCUCUUGAGACAAAUGCAAAACGUUUUUGUGAAAUGAAAAGACUUUUAAAAAAAAAGUAAAACAAGAAAAGUACAUUCUUUAGAAAAAAAGAGCCACAUUUACUUUAAAAAAAUUACUGGUUGAAGAUAGUGGACAUGAAAAUGCCAUAAGACCCAAUCAAAUGAAGAUGUAUACCCAGCACAACUUCGGACAUCCAUUAGCUGAAUUAUUCUCAGCCUUUUUUUUUUUUUCAGGACAACGCUGCUUAGGAAAUGGAAUGGAAAUGAUUUACUGCUGAAUUAAAACUCAAAUGACACAAAUUACAAGUUGUUAUCAUUGAAUGAGAAAAAACAAUUCAGGAACAACGGCUAAUUUUUUUUAAAAGUUAAAUUUAGUGCACUCUGUCUUAAAAUACGUUUACAGUAUUGAAUACAUACAAGGGUAAAAAAAAAUUGUGUGUAUGUGUGUUUGAGCAAUCUUUUUUUUUUCAAAGUUUGCUUAAUAGGUUAUUAAAAAAUGCCAUAAUGGCCAUGUGUAUAUUGUUUUCUUUUGGUGACGGGGUUUUAGUAUAUAUUAUAUAUAUUAAAAUUUCUUGAUUACUGUAAAAGUGGACCAGUAUUUGUAAUAAUGGAGAAUGCCUGGGCAUUUUACAAAACCAGAAAGAAAAAAAAAAACUUUUCUUUUUUCCUUGAAAAUGUUGCAGUAAAAUUUAAAUGGUGGGUCUAUAAAUUUGUUCUUGUCACUGUAACUGUAAAGUCUUGAGUUUUAGUAAAUUUUUUUCUGCCUUGGGUGUUGAAUUUUUAUUUCAAAAAAUGUAUAGAAACUUGUAUUUGGGGAUUAAAAGGUGAUUGCUACACCAUGUAGAAAAAGUAUGUAGAAAAAAGUGCUUAAUAUUGUUAUUGCUUUGCAGAAAAAAAAAUCACGUUUCUGACCUGUACCUAUUUUUCUCUUUUUUUCUUCCCCUUUCCCCGCCCUUUCCCCUUCUGGAAUGGAUAUUGAUAUUGGUUGAUUCAUAUGAUGUAGGCACUUGCUGUAUUUUUACUGAAGCUUGUAAUUUUUUAACUGUACGCUUGUCCUUUUAAAGGGAUUUAAUGUACCUUUUUGUUAGUGAAUUUGGAAAUAAAAAUAAAAACAAACAAACAGGCUGCCAUAAUAUAUUUUUUUAAUUUGGCAGGAUAAAAUAUUGCAAAAAUAAAAAAAAAUUUGUAUGUGAAGUCCUUAUUGUACAGGAAAAAAGGAGGUUGUUAGACGACCUUUGAGUAAAAGAAACAAAACAGAAUAAUUAAGUGCUUUUUUAUUUUUAUUUUUUUGUUGUUGUUGUUCACAAAUAAUUUUAGUUGUAUAUAUAUAUUUUUUUUGUCAGAAAUGGCCUACAAAAAAGUGCUGUUCCCACAGGGCUCUAAGUAACUUCAGAGUUGCCUGGACCCCUUGCAUCAAGGUUUUACCAGGUAUGGUUGAACCAGGCUGGAUGGUUAUUGCCUAUUCGUGUUAGAUGAAAUUCGAUUUCCGUAGAGGUGUCCAAGGUGACUUCCCACAGCUUCCCCGCAGAUGCGAGAGGGGGAGAGGAGAUUUUCCCCCCCUUUCAAACAAGAGCAUGUCAAACACAUCUUACCUCUCACUGCUGCCUCCCACUCACUGUCCCCGCCCCUGCCACCGCCCUCUGGAAGAAAGUCAUUUUAGUCUUUAAAAAGCAAGAGCUGUUGCAUCCACUCUGACACCGGUGAAAUGCUCUGCUGUUGGUACAGUUGUAACCGGCUUGAAGUAAAAUUGGUCCAGGCACAGCCCUCCUCUUCCCUGUCAGAACAGGACCUAUUCCAUGUACAGGUCUUGCCAGUCCAUGUUAUUAUCUGCUUUGCUGCUGUUCACUCCUAAUUGUACAUUCCAUAGAUUUCUGAAUGUUUGAGACUGGGAUGAAAUCCUGUGCCUUUUGCUUUUGCUCUUCUCUGCUCUUCUUUCUCCCUCGCUCACUUGCUCUCACGUUUGGGCUGAGGGGAAGACAGGUGAUGGGAGAGGCGCUGAUACUCUAGCAAAGGGGAGAAGGAGAAAACACGCAACCCCGUUUCGGGAAAUGAUGGUAAAAGAAGCCAAUAAUAAAAAAAAAUGACUGUGCCAAAUUGUUCCUCUGCCUUCAUUGGUGCAAAACUGCUGGAGCAUUUGGAGAGGCAUGGGUGUGACAGCAAGGUGCAUUUGGUCCAGCUGCCUAACAGAUAGAUACAUCUUCCUGGCUUGAACAUUAAGACUUCUGGACAAAUUUUGGAUCUCAAUUAAACUGAUAUAAAUCAGGAAUUAUUCAUCACUCUUAGGCCUGGAUUGCUCCAGCAUGGCCAAGGGUGGAAUGUGAGCCCUUAAAGGCACAUUUUCACUUUGGGUGGAAAAUUUUGAUCUCUGACGUUUGCAUAAAUCCAGAGUAAUGUCACAGGAUUCAGCAGAAUCCCUUACCUGUGUUGUCAGGGUUAUGAAGAUCAGAAGUUAACCACAGGUUUUCAGUCUACGGUUGAUUGAUUUAAGAAAGAAUUCACCUUUCAUUUUAGUGUAAAUUGCUUAGGAGCUCCAGUCUCCCCAUUUUUUUUUGUUUUUUAAAUUAUCCAGGAUAGCUAACACCAGCAGUUAUCUAAUUUUGUGACUUAAAUCACUGAAGCUAACGGUAAGUCACCCAAAAGCACAAGGUUUGUGUUUCUGCAGACUGUAGUGAUAAUGAAAUUGCCCUCCUUUCUUCUUGCUUAGGAGAACCAUAGUUUACUAGGCCGUAAGCACAAUAUAACAGACGUACAAUAGCUAGAAUGCUGCCAUAGUUCUCUUCACAAUUUAGAUAGUUUAUUAUUAUUAUUAAGGUGGAAUUUAUUGCUUCCAUUGGGUCUAGUCCUGCUGCCUUUGAAGUCCAGAGCAAAACUCCAGUUGACUCCCAUGGCAACAGGACAGGCCUGAUUACCUGUUCUAGAAAGAAAAUUACUGAUCUUAAGGAAAGAGUCAAAAAGACAGCAUUUCAUCCCAGUCCUAUGUAAAAGACAGUCCAAGGUUUUGUUUAUCACAGGCAAACUCAUUUUUAUGGUGCUCUUCGUAUUUUAGAACUGCAAAGCAAAGUAACGUUGAUUUAAGUUGUUUGCAUUUGUACCGGCAAGGCAAAAUAUUUUUAUUACCUUUUUCUAUUACUUAUUGUAUGAGCUUUUGUUGUUUACUUGGAGGUUUUGUCUUUUACUACAAGUUUGGAACUAUUUAUUAUUGCUUGGUAUUUGUGCUCUGUUUAAAAAACGAGAGCACUUUUUUUUUUAUUAUGGAUAAAAUGUUGAGAUGGCUGGAGGUCAUUUCAAUAUGGCUUAGUGAAAUAUUUAUUGUUCCUUUUAUUCUCUGUACAAGAUUUUUGGCCUCUUUUUUUCCCCUUAUUGUCACAAUGUUGAGUUCAGCAUGUGUCUACCAUUUCAUUUGUACGCUCGUUCAAAACAACGUUUGUUCCAGUUUCAAGUUAUAAAAAUAAAUUGGACAUUUGACUUGA